AUGAUAGAGCCUGUUCGCCAUAUCCCUCAAUCGAGCGCCCACCAAGAUGAAACCGAAAUUCAAAAUCCUGAAAGAAAUGCGGAUUUGAGUGAUGAUACUGGCAUGAUUCGGCUUGAGAAGCAUGGCAUUGAAGUUAGAAUUCCACCAAUCGAAGCUUACAGAGCAAAGGAUGUCACCGUGGAACCAAUCCAUGACAUUCCACCUGAGUUGGUGCUGAAGGAAACGGAAGCCAUCAUUUCUGUCGGCUUGAGGAUGUCGCCCUCUGGUGCAACCUUUGACAUUCCGGUGAGAGUAAGGAUGCCCCAUUGUGGUAUAUUCACAGAGCCAGAGGCUGCGGAAGUCGUCACUUAUUAUCGCAAGAGCGGCCCAUCUGCAGUAAGGACAGGUCAUCAACAACCGAAAGAGGAAGGAAUCCCAAUUAAUCCUGAGCCUGACUUUACCGAUGAAGAUGACACAGGAGGAGACAACCAAUCAAAGAGCCAUGGUUCCGAUGAAGACGGUCGUGGUGGACGUCCAGUGAAGACAAAUAAGAAAACAAACCGAAAGACUGACUCUACCGAUGAAGAUGACACAAGAGAGGACAACCAAUCAAAGAGUCAUGGUUCCGAGGAAGACGGUCGUGGUGGACGUCCAGUGAAGACAAAUAAAAAAACAAACCGAAAGACUGACUCUACCGAUGAAGAUGACACAAGAGAGGACAACCAAUCAAAGAGCCAUGGUUCCGAUGAAGACGGUCGUGGUAGACGUCUAGUGAGUACAAAUAAGAAAACAAACCGAAAGACUGACUCUACCGAUGAAGAUGACACACGAGGGGACAACCAAACAAAGAGCCAUGGUUCCGAUGAAGACGGUCGUGGUGGACGUCCAAAGGAGACACAAAAGAAAACGAACCGAAAGACUGACUCUACCGAUGAAGAUGACACAAGAGGGGCCAACCAAUCAAAGACCCAUGGUUCCGAUGAAGACGGUCGUGGUGGACGUCCAAAGGAGACACAAAAGAAAACAAACCGAAAGACUGACUCUACCGAUGAAGAUGACACACGAGGGGACAACCAAACAAAGAGCCAUGGUUCCGAUAAAGACGGUCGUGGUGGACGUCCAGUGAAGUCAAACAAAAAGAUAAACCGAAAGACUGACUCUACCGAUGAAGAUGACACAAGAGGGGCCAACCAAUCAAAGACCCAUGGUUCCGAUGAAGACGGUCGUGGUGGACGUCCAAAGGAGACACAAAAGAAAACAAACCGAAAGACUGACUCUACCGAUGAAGAUGACACAAGAGGGGCCAACCAAUCAAAGAGCCAUGGUUCCGAUGAAGACGGUCUUGGUGGACGUCCAAGGGAGACAAAAAAGAAAACGAACCGAAAGACUGACUCUACCGAUGAAGAUGACACAAGAGGGGCCAACCAAUCAAAGACCCAUGCUUCCGAUGAAGACGGUCGUGGUGGACGUCCAAGGGAGACACAAAAGAAAACAAACCGUAAGACUGACUCUACCGAUGAAGAUGAAAGAACAAAAGCCCCAUCUGUAGUAACGAGAGGUCAUCUACAACCAAAAGGGGAAGGCAUCCCAAAUAUUCCUGAACUUGACUCUACCGAUGAAGAUGACACAGGAGGGGACAACCAAUCAAGGAGCCAUGGUUCCGAGGAAGACAUGUACAUUGUGCUUGAAUCUCCAACGAAGAAAAACCGACAGACGCCAUGUCGUUGCUGUGCCUUAAUUUAG